GUGGGAGCAAAUGGGAGUGAGGGGCGGUGUUGUUGGGGGAGACCGGCGGUUUAACUGACCGAGGGGUAACUGCUGAAGGAAAGAAGGAUCCCGUUAUGGACGACACGGAGGUAGCCGAAGCUCGUUGCGUCUUCAGAGGCAUAGAACACAUUCUACGUGUCCGUAACACAGGGGAUCGGCUGGAAGUGGAGGUGGAGGAUGCUCUGACUACGGACCAGUGGAGGGGGGAGUUUGAUGCUGAAUUUGUAGAAGACCUCACUCACAAGACGGGAAACUUUAAGCAGUACUCCAUCUUUUGCAACAUGCUGCAGUCCGCUCUUACUCAGAGCAGCGAAUCUGUGACCCUAGACCUCUUGACUUAUGCGGAUCUGGAGUUGCUUCGCCACAGGAAAGCUGGAGGAGCGCAACGUUCAGCUCCCCCCGCCAGAAGCUCUUCUCUUACAUCCAAGCGAUACUUGAUACUUAUCUACUCGGUAGAAUUUGACAGGAUACAUUAUCCCCUUCCACUUCCCUACGUUGGGAAACCAGACCCUGUGUACUUAAGACAAGUGAUUCGAGGAUUGAAGGACGAGCUAGCUGCCCUGAAACUAGCCCCAAGUGAGGAGAGCCGGGAGACUGAGAUCCGACGACUGCGAGAAGAGCUCCAGCGGGUGACGCAGGAAAAACAAGAGGCAGAUUUUGCAUUCCAGAGGCUGCAGGACCUUGAAAUUCCUAAUGGUAAAGAAGCCAGUCACAUACGUAUCCUGAAGAGAGCGGUGCAGACGUUGGAGGUAGAGCUGCAGAAAGAGAGGAGCAGGAGUCAGCGGCUCGCAAGCAAGCGGAAGGAGGAAUGCGGGCAGUUAACUGAACAGCUGGAAGAAUUGCGAGCAGUGGAGAGAACCCUUCGUCUGAAAGUAAAAAGUCUAAGCACAGAACUGGCUAUGUAUAAAAGAGGACGUGUGACCCCUUCAGGCCCGUCCCCACAGAGUCGCUCCAGUUCUGCUGGUCAGGGGCCUAUUCAUCGUAGUUCAUCGAGGGGAGAGACUGUUACAAGAAGAGAGAGGUCCACCUCUCGGGAAAGAAGUGGAGUUAGCUCCCGAGAGGGUAGGAGUCUCACUAGGCAGCCAAGGUUAUCACCCUCGCCUGUGGCCAUCCGACCUCCUCGGUUUAAUCCAACGGACUAUGUUAGAGACAAGGAGCGUAGGCAGAAAGAAGUGGACACUAAAAAAUGUCGACGGGUUUCCAGUUCCCCUUCCAGUGUGAGAGGCCAGAGACGCAGCUCAUCAGUUGAAAGUAAUCGAAGUCGCCGAUCGUAUCAAAGCUCUGGGGAUGAAAUGGACUAUCCUGAACCUCUGCGCAGCAGUGGUGAAAGAAAACCCGCAGCACAGGGACGGCAGCCCUUCACGCGUUCAUCCUGGAACAGCAGAAGUAACGGGAAGAAAGAUCGAUUACCUGUAAAGAAGAGGCUUUCCAGCACUCCAACUUAUGACCGAAAGAUUGAGAAAGAAAACCGCUUUGACCCACUUUCUGACCUUUCGGACAUUGACUCUCGACUGCAAGCAUUGCAGGAUUACAUGAGAAAUCUGGAUACACGCACCUAAGAUGGCAACUCUGGAGCGGCGAUGAAUUUGGACAACCUGCCGGCUUCCGAGUUUUAAGAUGCAGUGAAACUGGCAGCUGAUUUCAGAAACGAAAUGCAUUAUAAGUGUGGAUUUUUACUCUGCUAAAUUAUAUAUAAUCAGGGGGAAAAGAGAAAAGCUUUAUCGGAGGCUUUUCCUUCGUGCUUCAUCAUUGCUGAACUGCGUCAGUGAGUGCGCAAAAGUAUCCUGCAAUGAGCUGUCAUGUGGAUGCAGAAAGGUCUCAAUGAUAAUAGACGUAAAAACUGACAUUGCAGCUCCUGUUCUAUAGAAGUCUUUGUGUAUAUGUAUUUAUGUGUGAAAGGCAUUCCUGAGUUGUUCGUACGUACCCCUAAUGCAUCAGUUGAACAUUAAGGGUACGUGCACACAGCAAGAAAACUGCACAUAAAUGCGCACUAUUAAUGGUGGUUUUAGUGCGGUCUUUGGUGCGGAUUCUCUGCUUCUGUUAACAACUCCAUUGAAGUCUAUGGGGAAAACCACUCUACAGAAGGUGCGCGAUCACACGGACAAUUGACGUGGGGACUUUAAAAUCUGCACGGCCGGUCAAUUUCCGCACAGAAGAAAGAAAAAAAAAAAGCAAAGUGUACAGGAGAAUUGUCAGAUCUCGUUCACUUUGCUGGUACUGUAUCCGUGGAGAGAAAACGCACGUUAUCCACGUUCUGUUCACAUUUGCAGCACGGCUUCCAUUUAUAUCCGAGCCCCGACAGUUAAGCCGGAUCCGUUCUUAAAUGGAUAUCCAUGAACCCCAGCAGCACCCAUUUGCUUGUUUUAUAUUUUUGAUGACAAGAAUAGCGUUGCAGACUGCACUACUGUUGCUAUAAAAGCUGACGACCACCACGACAGCGGCUCUCAAUGCAAAUGUGAACAGCACCUAACCUACAGCCGUGUAAUCCAGUUAAACCGAGUAGUUAAACUGGACCAGUGUUCAGCUGAGACCAGUUCAAAUCUGAGCAUGCACAUAGCCCAAAAGAGGGAAUCUUAAAGGGGGUAUCCAAUCCCUAUAGUGACCCCUAGAAUGCCUGUGCCCCUCCUCUAGAGUAUACUUCCCCCCUGCACCCGCGUCCCUCUGGGUCCCUGCACGGCCGCCGCAUCUCCCCAUCGCUGGAUGUUUCGAUGCAGAGUCAGCCAUGCAGGGAUCCGGAGGGACACGGGUGUCCCGGGUAAGUAUGCUCUAGAGGAGGGGCCUGGGGGUCAUUAUAGGGAUUGGAUAACCCCUUUAAAGGGGUUGUACUGAAUUACAAAAGAAUCCCUGCUUUCUUCCAAAAAGGUUUAAUCCUGUCGACGGGAUUUGUGUGGCAUUGCAGCUCAACCCCAUUUCCUUUAGGGCUCAUGCACACAAACGUGUUUUUUCUUCUUUUAUGCGGAUGGCACACUGACCUCUUCUUUCCUUUUGGGGCCAUGCACACAUCCACAUUUUUUUGCGAAUCUGUGUGGCCGCUCCACCGAUGAUAGAACAUGUCCUAUUCUGGUCCAUUUUGAGGAACAAGAAUAGGAUGUCUAUUGAUGGGAGUGAGAAGAAUGCGAAAUGCACAAAGAAGGAAACCAAAUUUUACGGAUCCGUGGAUUACGGACCAAAUUCCGGUCACGUGCAGGAGACCUUAAUGGGGUUGAGCUCUAAUACUGCGCACAACCAUGGACCUCAUGCACACAACUGUAUUUUUGGUCCGCAUCCGAUAUGCAUUUUUUGCGGGUUGGAUGCGGACCCAUGCAUUUCAAUGGGGCCAGAAAAAAUGCUGUCCACCUCCAUUUGUCUGUGCCGUAGUCCCGCGAAAAAGAGAAAAUGUCUGAUGCCUGUUUGUUUUGCAGACCAGGAUAGGGCAUUUCUAUUGAAGGGGAAAAGAAAAUGGUGGCAUACACAUGGCCAGUAGGAUUCCGUGUUUUACCU